AUGGUGAGCACAAGACACCACCCAAAGGACUUCCCUGCUCCUGCGACGCCCUCGAGCACAGCAAACGACAGCUCCAAGUAUGUCGUGAAGUCGCCAUCAGCAGUUAGCGGCGGUCCUCGAAAAGGCGUCCACACACCCUCAAUAAUCAUUCUGCUCUGGCUGCUGAUUUCUGUUCCGCUCGUCCUGUGGGAUACCGGCUAUGUCCUCUUGCGACCACAUACUAUGCCCGGGGGGAAAUUCCACUCGCCCAUUUGGUCGCCCUACGCGCUCUAUGGAACUAUUGACUACGUCUAUGGAUGGCCUGCCUUUGACGCGAAAAAUGGCUUUACUGCGGCCCAGGGACUUUUGAAUUUGUUUGAGACGGCUGCUUAUAUUUUCUACCUCGCUGUCAUAUAUGUGUGCGGCACCACAGCGACUAGUUCUGGCCGUAUCUCGACAAAGAAGGUUAAUAAGGGCCUGCAGUGGUUUUUGUUUGAGGAAAAAGUGGUUCCUGGGCGCAUUGGAUCGUUUGCGCUUCUUGUUGCCUAUGCUGCUAGUGUUGCCACUUUUAGCAAAACAAUUCUAUAUUGGCUCAAUGAGUUGUUUUCCGGCUUUGCAAAUAUCGGUCACAACAGUCUUUCCAACUUGAUCUUCUUGUGGAUUAUUCCCAAUGGUAUGUGGAUCGUCUUUCCAGCAUAUAUGAUCUAUGUGUUUGGAGGUGAGCUCUUGUACGCGCUGGAGUCCUCGACUCCCCGGCCAGUAAAAGCUGGUCGUCCCAAAAAUCCCUAA